GAGACAAAUUUUGUUGACAUUAAAACUCACUUGGUUUUCUCGGUCGGGCUGAUCAAAACAUGAUGUGAAUAAGUUCCUGCACUGUAUUUCAAGAUGAGGAGAGAACAGCUUGCAGUGGAGCUACCAGAAUAUGACUAUCCACCAGCAUGGAUUCCUAUUGAAGAGAGGAUUGGGCACUCUGAUUAUGACAAUAAUCUGACUCAAUUUCUUCUACGAUCAGUUCGCUUCACUAGGAAUAGGCACACAGGACAGCUUGGUUUUAACAUCAGAGGAGGUAAAGAACAUCGCUGUGGUAUUUACGUCUCAAAAGUUAUUCCUGAUUCCAGCGCUUUCAGAGUGGGUAUGAAACGAGGAGACCUUGUACUGAGUGUGAAUGGAGAAGACUUUACAAAUAUCACCCAUGAUGAGGCAGUUAAGAAACUCAAGAUAGUCAAGGAAAUAGAGUUGAAGCUGAAAUAUAGUCCAUUCGGUUACAACAAGACGUAUGAGCGAGUGGAGACACCACAGCAUCAUCCCAACAAUGGAAGUUGACCAUGACGUAAGACUGAUUCAAAACAGCCUUGAGAAACACCCACAAAAUGUCUUAUGUCUUCAACGAGGAUGAGUCACAAACAAAAAGUAGAUGAGUAAAUAAUUUCAAAAAGUAGUUAAUGGCCUGGCGUUUCGACCCUAUUAGAGUCUUUUUCAGAGGCUUAAUAAUUUGUUACUAAUAGCACACAGUAAAUGUACUUACACUAACGGGUAGAUCUUUGCAGUUCGUGCAUUGUGAUAAACAAUUAUAAUUCAAGGCCCAUCAUCACUUGUAUUACUUUGAACUAACAGAAGAUAUCUUUGGGAAUGUUUUUAAUAGUGUUUUUAAGGUAAAUAUAUUAGGUGUAGGCUGGGUUUAUAAAUAUGGGAAAGUUUGUAAAUUGAGUCUUCGGUUGCCGUCCAUGAUAAAGGGAUUGUGUACGUUUGGUAAUUGAAACCCACUGAUUGUGUCAAUCCUUUAUAGUUAUACAUGCAGAAAGAAUAAUCUGCAAUUGGCAUACACAAUCUGUCGGUAGCGCUUGUCAGAUUUAAAUUUGUAAAGAACAUCAUAAAUGUUCUGAAACAGCAAUGGUCUUUUCAAAUAGCAUGGGUCAAGUACUUAAGAAUGUGACAAAACUUAAAUCUGUUACAUUGACAAUAAGUUAAGGUGAUGUCAACUUUGAUAGUACUGUGACAUAGUUAUGGAUACAUAAUAACAACAAUUUAGCAGGCUUCUUUCAAAACUUUGAAAAUCUAACAAGGUUCCAUUAGCUCCAAAGGGUACAUCAGAUUGCAUCACAUGGAUUAUCUACAGGGUGAGUCUCUCUGGAAUUAGUGAAAUACAAUACUUAUCUACCUCAUAAGCAUACAUGAUGCUACGGGGUACGUUCGUUUAGCUUCCCUGGGUCUACCCCGCGGUGCUCACUCGGGUGAGCCCCUGACAAGAGCUACACGAUACCACUCACCGCUCACGUAGUGACGUCGUUUACCUGAGGCCAGCCCCCAAGUGACCCACUCCACAAGCAGGGCACUGGGGGCUGA